CUCAACAAUAAGAGUAAGCGCUGAUUCCCAGCGUAACCCAUUGAUUAUCAAUUUAUCAUCAUUCAUCGUAAUUGGUAUAUUUGGUAACCAAAAAUCUUGAUUCUUGAUCUAAGUAGCAAGCGAAACAAAGGUGGGCGGGCACACCAUUGUUGCACUUCCAUAUUUUCUCUCUCCUCUUUCUCUCUCUAUCUUGAAGAAUCAUAUUACAUAUAUCGCCGAACAUUCAUUCCCUUUCUUCAACCUAAUAGUGAUCACCAAAUCCAGUUUUUAAUAUAUUCUAGAACCUAAAUUUCCUCUCAUUUUGCGUGUCCAUUUCAACUACGAAUCAACAAACAUCCCUUGUUUCCAUCAUUCAUCCGCCACUAAAGCCGCAUGCAACUCUGAGAAUAAUCUUCCAUUUUUUGUUCGUUUAGCAUUUUUUAAAUUUCAUUUCAAUCAAAUUUUGUCGAGUAUGCGAAGAUUAAGCUUUAAGAUUGCGAACCAUGAAAAAGAGUUAUUCGGAGGUCAUUAUGAAGGUCAAGAAAGAUUACAGCUGUCUAGGUUUUCAUUCGACAUUGCUCCGUCAUCUUUAUUGUCGUCGUCAAAAUCUCGGCGAAGUUUCUGUCGGAAUUCGUCGUCAGCUUCAACUGCAUCGUCUAUUGUGAGUUCUAGGAAGAGUGUCUCUUAUGAUAAGAUUGAUCAAGCUCCCAUUCAUCUCACCAUCGUCAAAUUAGAUGGCUCUUCUUUCGAAAUUGAAGUCGUUAAAGCUGCAAAGAUUUCUGACCUGAAACAGUCCGUGGAGAGUGCUUUCAAUCAUUUACCUAUGACGGGACCUGAAAAAAUUUCGUGGCGUCAUGUAUGGGCACAUUUUUGUUUAUCUUAUUGUGGUCAGAAGCUUUUAGAUGACGAUGACCAUAUCAAGUACUAUGGCAUCCGAGAUGGGGAUGAGCUUCGCUUUGUUCAGCAUGUGUCGAUCGCUUAUAACCUCAUAAAGAAGAUCAAGAAAACGAGUAGGAGAAUCGGUUCUUGUCUCAGUUGGAACGUGUACCACUUUCCCUAGAAGACAGAAUGACGAGGAGGAAAGAUCGAAAAUAGAGGUAGCAGCCAAUGAACAUCUGGAGAACCUAAGGUGUCAAUUGCAGGAUAGUUAAACCACAAUGACCUUGUUCUCACUCAUUUAUUCAGAGGAUGGCUCCUGUAUUCUAGAAAUUCCAGCACAGAGCAUGUACAAUUCGAAAGGCAACCCAAUUCAUUGAAGUGGACAGGCAGGUCUGUUGGUUGCCUAAGAAGCUUGUUCUCUUUUCGUGACAAUAGACCGAAAAGCUGUCUGAGUUUCCCAGGUAGAAAUUUAAGCCUUAUCAUUUGUACAGAAAUACUUCUAUUUGAAUGGCUUCUCUUGGAUGUAGCAUGUAUAGUUUCUAAAUAAUAGUACAAUAAUAAUGUCUACACAUAUAUUAGGCGUAAUUCGAUUGCUUAUGAAGAGUUUCAUGUCAAGUUAUAGGAUCUGAUGUUGAACAGCAUAGCAGAAGUCUAAGCUUAGGCUCUGAUUUUUCACUAGUAUAUACCUAAGUGUUCACGCAAAAUUAUAAUUAUAUCUGGUAAGAUUAUGAUCAAAGUCUGCCUGAGGUUUGCCGGUAUCUAUCCACCAUUCUACCUGACAGACUGGCACCUUCAAUGUAAAUAUGUAACCAAUACUUUUCUUGCGAGUGUUUUUAUGUGCUUACUCAGUUGCUCCAAGGUUAAAAAAAAAAAAAGAACAACUUGAAGUGAUCUUGAGCUUGGGGUGGUAGUUUGUAUUGCAGUCUUGCUGAGGUUUGUACUCCUUUGUAUGAUUUGCUAUAUUUGGUAAUUCUUAGUUUUUUGGUUUUAUGGGAAGUAUAUAGGGAAAACAUCAAAAUAGAGUGGUUAAAGUGUAAAUUUAGUGUAUGAAUAAUACAUAAGAGAUAAUGUGUGUAGA